UGUUUUUUUCUGGAGAGCUGUGGGGCGCAGAGUCAUGUGCUUUUGUUUCAGUCUGGUCAUCUGACCCGCUUCUCUUCUUCCCCCUGAAUGUCUGCCCCUAAAGUAGAAGCAAUGCGGUGCUGGUGCACAGCAGCUGUCCUUGUGUGGGCUGUCACAGCCACAGAGGGAAAAGUUGUCCCUUCCCCUCCAGACUUUGGCAGCAGCUAUCACGUCAAAGGAGUGAUUUCUCUGCCCUAUGCCGAGAUCAAGGAGCCAUUUGAGGCCUGGUUAGAUGUUGCAGCAAAGUCCAGUCGAAUAGACUACUACCAUGGCCAAGUGUCAACAUACCAGCUUGGGGCGGAGCAGGAGUGGGGCGUUGCCUAUAAAAUCACCCCCGAGACCACAGAGGUGGAACAGAAUGUGAUGAAGUGCUUUCAGAUCAACGGGACAAAGAAUGAGACUGUCGCGCCGCAGGCAUCGCUGCCUGAUGUGCAGGGCCUCCAGUUCCUGAGGAUGGAGUACUACGGAGGUUCCCUGUGUGAAGUCUGGCAGAAUGUGACCACUGUGGGUUACAAGAAAAACACGUACACACUGUGGGUGACCAACUCCGAGGAAGGGGUUGAUGGAAAAGCGCCUGCCACACCUCUCCACUAUGAGAUGAUGGGAUACAACACACUGCUGGGGUCCCACUAUGAUAAAUACUUGGUGGACUACAAGGAGUUCAGUACUCACGUGGACCCCAAAGUCUUCUCCCUGCCUGAAGGGAUGAGCUGUGGGGGAUUCCCUGGUCCGGGAGUGGAGCGACACUUGUUGGCCAAUCCAAUGAAAGACCUCAUCCACACCUCGGCCGCAGGCCACUCGCAGCGCAUGUUCAGCCAUUUCAAGGAGAAGUACCAGCGACGGUACAGCGACGACAGGGAACACGAGAUAAGGGAGCACGCUUUUGUACAUAACCUCAGAUAUGUCCACUCCAAGAAUAGAGCAGGGCUGCCUUUCUCUCUGGCUCUGAACUCUCUGUCAGAUCGCACCAUGUCAGAGCUGGCCACCAUGAGAGGAAGGAAUAAAGGAAAGACCCCAAACAGAGGUUUACCCUUCACCACCAAGAUUUAUGAAGGGGUGAAAGUUCCCGAUUCACUUGACUGGAGGCUGUAUGGUGCUGUGACCCCAGUGAAGGACCAGGCCAUAUGUGGCUCCUGCUGGAGCUUUGCCACCACUGGAGCAGUAGAGGGCGCUCUCUUCCUAAAGACUGGCUCCCUGCAGGUUCUGUCACAGCAGAUGCUGGUGGACUGUUCCUGGGGUUUCGGCAACAACGGCUGUGACGGCGGUGAGGAGUGGAGAGCGUACGAGUGGAUCAUGAAACACGGAGGCAUCGCCACGACGGAGACUUACGGAGCCUAUAUGGGAAUGAAUGGAUUUUGCCACAUGAACUCCUCCCAGCUUACGGCCCGUAUCCAGAGCUACACCAACGUCACGUCGGGAGAUGCAGAGGCUCUGAAGCUGGCUCUCUAUAAAAACGGGCCGGUUGCUGUCAGUAUUGACGCAGCACAUCGGUCGUUUGUCUUCUACAGCCACGGCGUCUACUUCGAACCUGCCUGUGGUAACACCACUGAUGAUUUGGACCAUGCGGUGCUUGCAGUCGGUUAUGGGACCCUGGGUGGGGCGCCAUACUGGUUAAUAAAGAACUCCUGGUCCACCUACUGGGGCAAUGAUGGAUACAUCCUCAUGUCUAUGAUUGAUAACAACUGUGGUGUCACGACUGAUGCUACAUAUGUAACUCUGGCAUAGAUGUGCUUCUAUCUUCACGACAUAAAUCUGUAUGUUAAAGCCACUAUGGGAGUGCCUGAGGAUGAUCGAUACCUAAUUUGGAAGUAUUAUGGUUAUUGCAUCACAUCGAGCUGCUUGAUAAUGUGCUAAUGUUAGUGCUAAUGUUGCUGUUGAUCGGUGACUGAGUGGGUGCAUUCAAUUGGGAAAGCUCAGAUAGCGUGCUCUAUUUGAGCUGCUUUAACCUGCCUACUCUUUUUUAACCUGCCUAUUAUUCUUUAACCUGCCCACUCUUCUUUAACCUGCCCACUCUUCUUUAACCUGCCCACUCUUCUUUAAUCCGCCCACUUUUCUUUAACCUGCCCACUUUUCUUUAACCCGCCUUCUCUUCUUAAACCCGCCUACUCUUCUUUAACCUGCCCACUCUUCUUUAACCCGCCCACUCUUCUUUAACCUGCCCACUCUUCUUUAACCUGCCCACUCUUCUUUAACCCGCCCACUCUUCUUUAACCCGCCCACUCUUCUUUAACCUGCCCACUCUUCUUUAACCUGCCCACUCUUCUUUAACCUGCCCACUCUUCUUUAACCAGCCUAUUAUUCUUUAACCUGCCCACUCUUCUUUAACCUGCCCACUCUUCUCUAACCUGCCCACUUUUCUUUAACCCGCCUUCUCUUCUUUAACCCGCCUACCCUUCAUUAACUUGCCUACUAUUCUUUAAUUCCAUGAAGGCACAUGGAAUGUGAGGCAGAUGUGCUCUCCCUAUCUCAGGCUUUCCACGUAUGCACGUGGAAGGGCAGGGUGGUCCCAGAACAGAGACAUACUGCCAAAUUUAAAUCAUUGUGAUUAUGAAAAUGAAUGAAUUUUGACCAUAGUGGUCCUGACUGAAGUGCAAAGUUCAAUUUGUUAUUCAUAGUUGUAUUAUAAUUUGCAAAAUCAAUGCAAUGAAAAUAAUGGAUUUUUAUUUUCCAGUUGAGUGGCAUCUCUGGAUAGUGUAACAGCCCUCAUGCUGGAGGUAGCAGCGAGGCAUGCUUUCUAAUUCCAUGCAGUGGAAUACGAACUUCUCCACUCUCCAAAUCAUAUCAGCCUUCACAUUUCUUUGCUGUGAAACAGUUAUUUAAAAAAUAAAAUCCCCUUGCCUGAGAAA